UUCUUCGUCUUCCUUUGUAAAAGAUAAGGAAGAUACCGUCACGCUCUUUGACACUUUCCCAUCUACAAUUUUUCUCUACAAAGAAUAGUAUAAAUGUUCCCCUUGUUUUUCCUUACACAAAGUUUCAAUCUUUAUUCUCUCUCCUCUCCUUGAGACAUGAACUGUCUGUUCUUGCUCAAAUCCAAAAAACCCGAACCCAGAAACCAACAAAAAGACAGAAGAAAAGCACAAAACUCAGCUCCAGGACAGAGGAACAAGAGUGAAACGCCGUCGUUUAAUCUCCACAGGCCGAGAUCUUUGCCUUCUGGGCGAAGUAUCAGAAACUUGGAUAGGGAGAGAGAACAGAGUCUUAGGGUUUUCACUUACGAAGAACUCAGUGAAGCCACUUGUGGGUUUAGCAGAAGGCUUAAGAUCGGUCAUGGUGGAUUCGGUAAUGUUUAUAAAGGAAAGAUUCCCACGACCAGAGAUUCUGAUCCUCCACUUGUCGUCGCCAUCAAGAAACUCAAUCCACAAGGUUUACAGGGUCACAAGCAAUGGCUAGCAGAAGUUGAGUUUCUAGGGGUAGUGAAUCAUCAGAACGUUGUGAAGCUAUUAGGUUAUUGCUCCGAAGAUGGGGAGAACGGGAUGGAGAGGCUUUUGGUUUAUGAGUACAUGUCUAAUCGAAGCUUAGAGGAACAUCUCUUCACGCGUGGAGCUCGCACAUUACCAUGGAAACAAAGGCUUGAGAUCAUGCUUGGUGCAGCUGAAGGAUUGGCUUAUCUACAUGAAGUCAAGGUGAUAUACCGUGACUUCAAAUCCUCUAAUGUGCUUUUAGAUGAUGAAUUUUGUCCGAAAUUAUCGGACUUUGGGCUUGCAAGAGAAGGACCUCAGGGCGACAAUACUCACGUCACAACUGCAAAAGUUGGAACAGAGGGAUAUGCAGCUCCUGAAUACGUGCAAACAGGCCAUUUGCGGUUAAAGAGCGAUGUAUAUAGCUUCGGUGUUGUGCUUUACGAGAUCAUAAGCGGACGCCGAACCAUUGAGAGGAACAAGCCACCCGCUGAACGGAGACUAUUGGAAUGGGUCAAAGAGUAUCCUCCUGACAGUCGACGCUUCAGCAUGAUCGUUGACCCGCGGCUACGUAAUAACUAUCCAUCUGCUGGAACGAGGAGUUUGGCUAAACUGGCUGAUCUUUGCCUCAAAAAGAACGAUAAAGAGCGGCCCACGAUGGAGAUUGUAGUGGAAAGAUUAAAGAAGAUUAUCGAAGAGUGCGAUAGUGGAGAUUCUUAUAUAGCCGCGAGUAAAGAAAGUAGUCAGGUAAGAUGCAAUAGUAGAGCCGCAGGACCUGUGGAGGGGAGUUUGAGAGGAGGUGUUAGUGUUAGAGAAUGAUUUUUGAGUUCGGAAUAUUUUUUGCAUAGUGAAUAUUAUACAAAUAAGUUUUUUUUU